GGUGGCGGAGGGAACGCUGUGCAGACUGCAGCGGAAGGACGUCAAUCUACAGCAAGGACGUCUAUUCCUAGCUGCGAUAACGUAGCUCUGUACGACGGACGGACAAUUUAUGACAGAUGGUCGUCGUAGAGCAGUGUAGGCAGGAUUGUCUAGAUAACGGAAACAACAAGAAAGCAAUUCAAGAAGCGGACAAAGUAUUGAAGAAAAAGAAGGAUUUACAAUGUGCAAAAGUACUCAAGGCGCUUGCUUUACUGAGACUGGGACAACAUGAUGAAAGUUCUGUGUUGCUGAAGGACAUACAUGCCCAAAACCCAACAGAUGAGGCCACACUUCAGGCCAUGUCCAUCUGCUACAGGGAGGUCUAUAAACUGAAACUUAUUGCUGAUCUUUAUGAAAAUGCUCACAAGCGUCGACUGGACAAUGAAGACAUUUUGUCUUCAUUGUUUAUGGCAUAUGUCCGACUUGGAGACUACAAGAAACAGCAGCAAACCGCCAUGACAUUACACAGACUGCAGCCCCAGAAAAACCCCUACUACUUCUGGGCUGUCAUGAGUAUUGUGAUGCAGGGUCACCAAGAUGAGAAGUUAGCCCACGGCAUGUUCCUUCCACUUGCUGAGCGAAUGACCAAAAAAUAUAUCGAUGAGGAAAAGAUAACUGCAGAAGCAGAGGUACAGAUAUAUCUCAUAAUUCUGGAACUUCUCGAGAAGUGGGAGGAUGCUUUGAAAGUUGUUGAAGGGUCACUUGGAGCAAAACUUACAAGUGAAUUCAACUUUCGAGGAAAUAAAACCGCAGAUCUUUAUGCCAAAUUAGAGCGAUGGCCACAAGUCAACAGAGAGUACAAGAAACUUCUUAAGGACAGCCCAGACCACUGGAAUAACUGGCAGGAUUAUAUCCGUUCCUGUCUACAUCUGGUCGAGGAUAGCUGGACACCAGAUAAAGAUAGUGAAGAAGACAUUGACUACACCGAGGACAUGGCUGCCACGUUUAUACAGGAGACUAUCAAGCAGUGUGAAGGUGGCCGUCCCCAGAGGGGUCCUUAUUUGGCCCAGUUAGAACUCAUCAGGCAGAUGAAGGAGAAAAACAGGUGGAAAACCGACCAUGCUGAAAGUGAACAAUUUGGGGAUCCUCUACAGCUAAUCCUACGGUACUACGACUUAUUUGGAGAUAAACCAUGUUGUUUUGAGGAUAUGAAAACAUUUACUAAACUUCUCACAGAGGACAAAGAAACAAAGGUAAAACAGAUGCAGCGACACAUCACACUACUACAGCUGAUGCGAUACAUGGGGUACUACGACAAACAGUCGACAGAGGGAAGACUUAUCUUGGUCAAGGAAUACAUACAGCGCUAUCAUCAUGGUCUAAGCUAUGGUAAAGAACUGUUAAGUACAGACCUACAGUACUGUGAUAACUACCUCCUGCUAGCCGUGCUGCUGUUGCUGGAUAUCUGGAGGGAGUCUAAAAACGACUCUCUAGUAUGGCAGGCAAUAGUGCAGUUAGAAAAAGGCAUUAAAAACAGUCGGUCCAACUUCCAUAUGAAGUUGAUCCUGAUGCGCCUAUAUUGUAUCAUGGGGGCAUAUGGUCCUUGUCACACAGUGUACGAGUCCAUGGAGGUGAAACAUGUGAUGAACGAUACCCUUGGGCAUACGAUAGCCAACCAUGUUGGACGCCUGGGACAUUUUGUUGCAGCCUGUGCUAUGUACGGAACGAUGCUGCGCUUUUUUGCAGUCAACCAUAAAGAGACAGCUGAGUAUUUGAUAGCCUCCUACAAGUACGGUUCUUUCAAUAAAAUUCAUGAAUUUGUGAAAUUCCGCGAGCGAUUACAGAAGUCUUUACAAUAUUCCUCUGCAAUGACUGAGAGUAUGCUGUUGGAUUUGGUGCUAGAAACCUCAAACCAUUUAAGCACGGAACAGAUGGUGAUAUAUAUGGAAAUUGAUCCAGAAAAAGAAAAAAAUGAAUAUGAUGAUCUCUGUGAUAAUAGGGAUUUCUCUGUCAUGGAAUCCUGGGAACCUCACUCACGGUGUAGGCUUGAAGAGGCUAAACUACAUUCUCGAAAGGAAGAGAUACUAUGGUUAAAGGUGAGAAAGUUGACAUUACGGAUCCUCACCGCCAGUGUGAUGGUUGGCCAACAAUGUGUCAAAUCGGACAGUCACACAAACAAUGGAAUUAAAAAUGACAAAAAACCUCCACACGAGGUCCUCACCGAUCUCCUGUCACAACUGUCCCAACACACAGAUUCUUGUAAGGAGUUCUCCACCCCGUAUCAGUACCCUGUCCACGGUCCAUUCAGGACGCGAUUGUGUUCAUAUCUCAGCGAACGUCACUGCGAAGCUUUCACAGAUAUGAUCAGUAAUGUGAUGUAUGUUCACCACCUACAUGACAAUGGCCUAGGUAAGACAAUGUGAUGUACAUCCUACACCUACAUGACAAUGGCCUAGGUAAGACAAUGUGAUGUACAUCCUACACCUACACGACAAUGGCCUAGGUAAGACAAUGUGAUGUACAUCCUACAUGACAAUGGCCUAGGUAAGACAAUGUGAUGUACAUCCUACACGACAAUGGCCUAGGUAAGACAAUGUGAUGUACAUCCUACACGACAAUGGCCUAGGUAAGACAAUGUGAUGUACAUCCUACACGACAAUGGCCUAGGUAAGACAAUGUGAUGUACAUCCUCCACCUACACGACAAUGGCCUAGGUAAGACAAUGUGAUGUACAUCCUACAUGACAAUGGCCUAGGUAAGACAAUGUGAUGUACAUCCUACAUGACAAUGGCCUAGGUAAGACAAUGUGAUGUACAUCCUACACGACAAUGGCCUAGGUAAGACAAUGUGAUGUACAUCCUACACGACAAUGGCCUAGGUAAGACAAUGUGAUGUACAUCCUACACGACAAUGGCCUAGGUAAGACAAUGUUAUGUACAUCCUACACGACAAUGGCCUAGGUAAGACAAUGUGAUGUACAUCCUACACAACAAUGGCCUAGGUAAGACAUUGUGAUGUACAUCCUACACAACAAUGGCCUAGGUAAGACAAUGUGAUGUACAUCCUACAUGACAAUUGCCUAGGUAAGACAAUGUGAUGUACAUCCUACACGACAAUGGCCUAGGUAAGACAAUGUGAUGUACAUCCUCCACCUACACAACAAUGGCCUAGGUAAGACAUUGUGAUGUACAUCCUCCACCUACACGACAAUGGCCUAGGUAAGACAAUGUGAUGUACAUCCUACACGACAAUGGCCUAGGUAAGACAAUGUGAUGUACAUCCUACACGACAAUGGCCUAGGUAAGACAAUGUGAUGAACAUCCUACAUGACAAUGGCCUAGGUAAGACAAUGUGAUGUACAUCCUACACGACAAUGGCCUAGGUAAGACAAUAUGAUGUACAUCCUACAUG